UUGUAUAGGAUUGACGAGUAUUCCGAUAUAUGUAUGGAAUUGGGUAAUGUUGGUGCCCAUAUUGGUUUGCAUAUCGAGUAUUACUUACAAGCUCGUGAGCACGAAGGAUGUGCUGUUGCCUUAUCAAGCAUACGUUCAUUACAUGCCGAUUUCACUUGUGCUGAUAAUGAUAUACUUUUGGGCAAUUAAUGUCGGAAUUAUGGAGUAUUGUGGAGUUAAAUUCCCACAAAUCAUGGGAUUAAGCGAGAGAUACCUCCGGUUUUCCGCGAUUUGGAUGUGCACAUCACUCUUGGCGAUUCUGAUGCUAUCGAGCUUGCUGGUUUUUGUCUUUGUGUAUGAACCGGUUUCGCCGCGACGAUACAUUGCCUAUGGAGUACUGGUUCUUAGCGGUCUUGGAUGUUCUAUUAUAGAAAUUACCAAACAUACGGUUGUUACAUCCGCCUGGGUAGACCACAAUUGUGGCUGCAACCCAAUUGCUGCAAAUGCUUCCACAUCUAUGGCGAAUGCACCAAUGUAUUAAGAAAAGCAUCCAAGAUACGGAUUUUCGCGAGCAAUUCUUCAUUUGCUCUGAAAUAUUUGAGCACAAUCAUAAUGAUUGUGUUCAACUUGGUUUACGCUAUCCACCCUAGCAAGGGAUGGGAAGUUACAUGGAUAUGCUUCAGUGCAUUGAAUUCAGCAUAUCUCUUCUACUGGGACAUUAUUCAUGACUGGAAUAUGAUUGGCAGGACAAGAAACCCAGAAUUGUGGCCAAAUAAAAAGUUCCAACUUAUUAAAUGGGUUUUCUACAUAUGGUUUAUUCUUUUCGAUCUAGGUGCACGAGUAGCAUGGCUAUAUCGUUUGAGCAGCAAGGCUAAUGAUGCAAGAUUUGGAUUACUGGCUGCAGUCAUAGAGUUACUAAGGCGCUCGCAGUGGAUCUAUUUCAGAGUAGAGAAAGAAGAUAGAGAAAAUGCAAGUGGUCAGUCUUAAACGAAUUUUUCUUACAUAAUACACAAAAAGUAGUAUAAUCGUAGCAGGAACAAAAUGGUAUAUAUACACCCCACAUAAACAAAUACAAACAAGCUAGACAUAGUUUAGUUCCACACUUCCAUGACAGUUGAUAAUCUUGCUCUGCUUUGACAAACAAUUAACAACAAGGUCAGAAACAUUGUGUGCCGAUUACCAAUGUAAAACUGCUCUGUAAAUUUGAAUGUCUUCCUUUGUACAGGAACUACAUCAAUUUCUUUA